UCGCGGGGAUCCCCUUUUUAUGUCCCGGCCUCGGUCGCUUGACAUCACUGUUUCUUUGUAAUCAGGUGUGGUGAAAAAGGUUGCCCACCACAUCUCCGCGUUUGCCAACACUGUUUCAGAGAUGCUCCACAAGCCCAACAGAAAUGUCCGAAAAAGUAAACCUCAUAGAUCAGAGCACCUACAAUGACCGGAGGAACCGGGACACGGACGAGGGUAAGGAUGCAGCGACCAGGAUCACACCGCGCAGCUCCAAGUUCAAGAACAAGCACAGGAAGCCGGAGCAGCAGGCCUCGCUUCUGGACUUUGUGGUCAAGCCGCGACCCAAGUCACAGAGGCAGAUCAAGGCUAGAAAACUCCAGAGGCCCCAUUUAACCAUAACAAGGAGCAGUUAUAUAGUAAACAAACCCAAGGGGAAAACCCGAAUAGAUCCCAAGAAGAAGGUCACCAAGUUAAAGAGAUCUGUACGAAGUUAUCGCACCUUGAAAAAGGUGGAACGCGACAUCGCGGAGCAAGAGCCCGAGGAAGAGAUCCAGCCGGAAGCAAUUCCGGUGGAGCAGCGGGUCCAGGAGCUAUCCCUCGUAGAAAUACCCCCCACCAAAGUGAGUCCACAAGGAGGGGAAACACAUUCCAUACACUCCCGGCGUUUCAGAAGCUACUGUGAUAACUGCACCCGCCCUCGGCUAAAAGAGUUGUGCCUAAACUUGCUGAAGGAUCUGGAUCGCUUUCAGAAACGCGCCUUUGCCAAAAAUGAGAUCAAAGCUCGGGCCCAUCCCCGCCUGGUUUUGGGCUUCCGAGAGGCUCUGGCCAGGCUGAGGAUCGACAAGGUGAAACUGCUGAUACUGGCCACCGACUGUGAGAUCUGCCCGGGUGAAAGUGGUCUGGAUGAGACGAUAGAAGGCCUCAAAUUCCAGUGUCAGCAGGGAAAAGUGCCUUACUGCUUUCCUCUGGUUAGGCGAGAGCUCUCCUAUGCCCUCCAAAAGCGGGCACAGAUCUCCUGCGUGGCCAUCUUGGACUUUGAUGGGGCUAAUGCCAUCUUCGCUGAUCUACUCAUUGAAUUGGAGGACGCUCGCGCCGAAUACAAACGCAGGACUGCUUUGUGAGAGUUUAUUAAGUGCCAAAGACAGAAAUAAAAGUGCCGGGAGGUGCUCUAUAUAUUGAAGAAAACUUCCGAGUAACCCUGAUCUUUAGCCCGUCGGAGUCAGCAUGGUGGUGGUGACCAGGUAAUGCAGCGUGGAGCUGCCAUUAUCCAUAUCAGUGGCCGCGCCAAUCAAGCCGGCUGUGUCAUUCAGCGAGUUGAAUGUCUGUAUGGCCUCUUUGGCCUGCUGGGCGGCCAAAUUGAACUGAAUCAGGAUGAUCAGAUAGCUGGUGAUACCGCCGCUCACGCCAUACAGCGUCUCCAUGUCCAGUGUGAAGAAUCCACAGGCGGAGAAGUCAACCGAAUGGUUAAGCAGCUUCAGCGACAGAUGGUUCACUAUUUCGUAGAGAAGAUUAUCAUCGGCCACCACACCGCACUUGUGCAGACUGAUACCAGUGCGCUUGGAGGCCUGCGAGGUCUUCCAGCUCAGGUAGAUGAGAUACACACACUUUCCGGACGUGUAGCUCAGGGCUAUGACCGUGAUAAAGGGAUUCUUGGCGGAGCGGAAAAGCGAUGGAAUCGAUUGGAACUGUGUGGCACAGUAGAGAAAAUACAAUUGUGCCGUAAAAAUGAGAAAUCCAUAAGCCAUUAGCGAUAGGAUGGGGUAGCUCCACAACUCGUUCAUGGCCUUGCCAAUCUCGCAAAUCUCGUCGUGCACCUGGCACAGGUUGUUCAGCUUGUCUUCCACUUUGGCGGCAUUUCCCAGCUCGCUUUCGUGCACCAUGUUUGAGGCAAGAGGAUGAGGUGGUGGCUUACCGGAGACAGCUUCAAUUCGCUCACCGAAAGAGUUCAUCGAGUGCGCCACCGGUGCCACCUUAUUCCUUCCCGAACCAGACACCGAACUCUUGCCAAUGGAACCGAUGUCCAGGGCUCCCAGCUCCUUGUACAGAUACUCCAGAUUACUGUCGUACUCCGGCGGCUGGGAGCUGUCUAGAGGAGGUGCCUGCUCCUGAUCGCUGUGUAGCCAAAGCUUGUACCUCUCGUGCGUGUCCACCAGCUUCUCCAGCGUGGCAUUGAUGGCCUCGAAGCGUUCCUUAAGCGCAUAUAGCGAAACGGCAAACCAGAUCUUGUCCAGCGUAUUGAUGAACGUCGGAAUGGCGGAGACUACCCACAGCAACGACAUCCACUGACUGUAGUCCACCAGCUUGACGUAGGUGGCCACCAAAAUGGACAACUCAAAGAUGACCGUCAUGAUCAGCAUGAUCCGGAUGCGCCGACCAAUUGUGCUGUUGUCCAUCACACACUUCUCCUUGUAAAGCCGCUCGUCCACCAGGCGAAUGCGCUCGUAGAGCUCCCCAAUCCUGCCCUGGUUCCGUAGGGCGGUCAACUGGUCGGUGGCCAUCAUGAUGAGACCGAUAUAGGUCAGGAACAAGCCAAUCACGAAGGUCAAGGUGCCUGUGAAGAGUAAAUACUGGAGUUAAGGGUUCACCCCUUCCAAGAUUCAUGCUUCACUGACUCUGCGAGGCCUUGAGCGUGCGGUCCUCCUCCCCGAAGGAGUAGAUUAGAAUGUUGUAGAGCACCACGUAGAUCAAGAGAGUGCACAGCAUGUAGAUCAUGCCACUGCGGGACUUCUCCAGCAGAUUCCUGCUGCGGAACUUCUCCAGAUCCUGCGGCAGAAUUCCUGCUAUCUUGGAUAUGAAGAAGAGUUGCUGGAACUGCUGCAAUAGGGGUUGCACCGCGUCCUCCGUUUGCGCCAUGUUGUUCGUUGGAUACCAAAACUUCGAAUGACCAACUCUGGCCCACAUUGAGCUAUUACCUGCAGCUUGCACUUAGCCUAAUUAAUUGGCCCUCCAUCCCCCAAUCGAUACUAUCAACAUGGUCUAUCUGCGGCGCCACGUUUGGCCAACUCCAUUUAUGGAUAAUAAUAAUGUGGAUGAGCUGUCUUUUUGUGGUUUUUAUUAAAUGGGGAAUUUGCCUGGGUUUUGUAUCGAACAUUUGUAUGUGAACUUAAAGCCAAA